UUUCAAUCGUAUUAUCGGGUUAAGCCGGCUUCUGAUUGGCUGGCGUGUCAAUAGCCCCAUUGCGCAUGGGGCUUUGCCUAUGACAAUUGAUAUUGCCAGAGAAAAAGUGUCGGGAGCUGAUAUCGCGAUAUUGAAUCAGCUCAUCAUCGUUUUGUUUAUUCGCGUAGUACUUGUCUUAUAAUGGUUAUAAGCGUUUUAUUAUCUUAAACUAAUCCUACAAAGAGGUUUCUAAUUAUCCCUGAUACAUUCCCGGUUUGUCCUAGAUUGUUCCAGAGGUAGAUAUUAAAAUUCAAAGCAUGUUUUCUGGACUCACCAACCAAGUCAGCUCUUGGAUGGGCAGCGUUAAAGGGGACACUGAAGAAAAGGUACCGACCCCUACUGAAGACAGCAACACACUUCUUGGACAAGAAACUAAAGAGGGAAUUAGCCCCACGAAAAAUACGGGGGGCGGUCGUUUGGAGAUGUUUUCAAACGUCAAAAAUCAGAUCGAGGGUAUAGGAGGCUGGUUAGGGUCUAGCAUACCGAAACUGCGUAAAGGUGAGCACGGAGAAGGUGGUAACCCAGAUGCCGUGGGUCACGAGAACCCAGCUGCUGAUACGGGAUCACCUACCAACGUCGAUCCCGUCAAAGAACCUCGAGAUGACGAUGACAAUUCGAGGAAUUUUAGUGCUACCGGAGGAGCCGACUCUGGACCUCAGUCUCUGGCUGAGUCCCUCACUGAGGAAAAUAAAGAAGGUCAAUUCGGAAAUGUACAAAGUAAAGCGCUAGCCGGCGCAAAAUCUUUUGGGAAUUUUUUGUAUUCCGCUGUUAACAAAGCUGGAAAAACUGUCACAGAGGCUGGCUCCAAAAUCCACGUUAUCAAUAAUAUCUUAGGGGAAUUUAGUAAAGAGCAGGAAGCGUUUGUGAAGAACAAAGCCAAUGCGAGUUCCACAGCUGUGCCGCCGUGGGUAGGAUGUGCGAAUGAAGAGAACCUCAAAGAAGAGUGUUUGAGUCUCUCUACUGACAGGAGGAAUUUUGUCAGAGCUCCUCCCGCGGGUGUCGACUUUCAAUUCGACUAUGAAGUUUCUUAUCCUGUAGCAAUGGCUAUAAUGGAGCAAGACCCUAAUCUGGAGAAGAUGCGUUAUGAACUCGUGCCUAAAAUCAUUCCAGAGGAAGAUUUUUGGAAAAAUUACUUCUAUCGAGUUAGUCUAAUUUGUCAAGCCUAUGAACUCUCAUUUAUGUCUAGAGAAGGCGAUAGCAAUGCUGCUACAAACACUUCUUCAGUGCAACCUAUAGUAGAUAAGACUGAAAAAGAGCAUGAAUUUGUAUCUGAUACGCUAAUAGCAAAUAAAGAAGAUAUUGACGAAGUACAAGAAGGCAUGAAAAAACUUGCUUUAGGAUCGAAACCCUUGAAUGAAGAAGACUGGGAAAAAGAACUAGAAGCCGAACUUCAGGAUUAUGAAUUGGUGAGUGACGCAAAGGACAACAAUAUAGACAAGGAAAUUGAGGAUAUGCUGAAUGAAGAGACGGAUUUGAAGUAAUGUAAUUUUUUCAGGCUAUAAGCAUUCUUUUUUGACUGAUUACCAUAAGAUUUGUUUACUCUAGUCAUCUAGGUUUGGUUAAAUCUACACUAUCUUUAUUUUUGUAUUAAUUAAUAAGAUGUUUUGUUUUUGUUGACUAUGGCCUAGAGGAAGAUGAAAAUAUUUAUUUUUAAAAAUAAAAGACACUGGAAGUGUGUAAGUCUUAAGCACCGUUUUAAAAAUGAUACUAAUAAAAUAAGCUGUAUCAUUAUUAUCUUCUCCAACAGUACUUUUUAUUCUUCAAGUAUUUUUUUUAUUUUUCUCUAAACGUCACGUUUGCACAAGACUUACUUUAUUAACAUUCCGGUAAAAAUAAUUCUGUAAACAGUAAGUAUUCUAUUACAGCCAUCUAGUGUUUUCAAUGUGAUAAAAACGGCACUUUAAAGGUCUACAAAUUAAUAUAAAGAAAUAUAUUGGAUUGUGAGCUAUUUUCUCGAUAUAUUUUGCAAAUAAAAAACUUAGGUACAAGAGAGGAAUAGUAUUAUAAAAUAAUUAUAAUAUAUGUCGUGAUUAUUCUAUAAAAAAUGUAAAAUAUAUUCUAAAUGUAAAUCUGUUGUCAGACUUAUAUAAUUAUAAGUAAAUACCCACUAGUUAUUUAUUAAAUUUUAUUCUGCAUGUAAAACUGAGAAAUCGGCAAGUCUGUACUCAGUUUAAUCUAUGUAAAUUGAACACGAAAUAGAAAAAGCGUAUUGGAACUUCUGUGUGUAAAAGACACAAAGAAGUGUAUAUUAAAGUUUUUUCUAAUAUAUCCUAGUUCUCGACCGCUUAAAUGUGUGCUGUAUUUAAUUUUAAUUUCUAUAUUUGUAAUAUGAUUUUUAUAUUUUGUGUUCCGUUUUCCUCUGUUUAAUUAUUACUCAAAAAUGUAAAAUAUUAUAAAAAGAUUUAACUACAUUUGGUUCAUAUAACCAUUUAAUGAGGUUAAAUAGCGGACAUUUUGAUUGAUUCCUUAAUCAUUUCAAUGUUUGCAUUAUUAGAAUUUAGAGAUUGUAGCUUUUCAAUGUUUAAAGCAUGUUUCCUUCUCUAUUUACGUAAUUGUUAUAAAGUAAAUACUUUAAAUUGUUAAAAUAAAUGUAGUUGUGCCCAUCAC